AUGGUUAUUGGAUUGGAAUGGGCUUGGGAAAUGGGCUACCAGCAGGUGGUUCUGGAAAUAGAUUCUUUGGAAUCCUUGAAGAUUGUUCAGGAAGAAUGCAUCAAGUUUCAUCCUUGUCAUAUGCUGAUAACCAGAAUCGAGAAGACUCUUGAGAGGAACUGGAAGGUUGAAUUGGCCCACAUUAACAAAGUUGCUAAUUGGUUGGCUGGUCAAGCUCCUGAAUCCAAUAGGAACAUAGUUUGGUAUGAAGAUCCUCCUGAUGGAUGUAGAGAUUUUCUUUUAAAAGAUUGUAUGGGUGUAGGAGAACUCAGACCUUUUAGUAGUUAG